GCAUUGGUUUGGUUUCCAGAAGCGUAAGGCCCCUGUAGGCCUCGUUAGCCGUUAGCUUUAUUUAGCUUAGCAUAGCUUAGUUAAUGCGAACAAACGGUAGGCGGCUCUAAAACGCGCAAUUGGAGACGUUUGGUCUCCUAACCCCCUGUUUUCUAAAAUGAAACCAUAUUUUUAUAUUAUGAACCAAAAUUUUAGGCUGCUGUGAUGUUGAGUUCUUAGUGUGUGAAACAAAGCAGGCGCACAUUGAAUUCUUAAUCCCUCAUAAUGGACUCUAACAUACUGAAUAUAGAGGAGAUAGUAAUGGGUGGAGGAGAGGCUGCUGCCCCUGCUGAACUGCCCUCUGAGAAGACAGAGGAUGCCUACACCGCCUCCAUUCAGGAACAUGCACCACCUCCUGUCAUUCAGUCAUACCAGCAUGAAAGCCUGCAGUGUUUCCAAUGUUUUAUUACUUUCUGCAACUCAAAAGCCAAGGAAAGGCAUAUGAAGAAGAGUCAUCGGGAAGAGUACAAACAGCAGCUUCAACAGUGUGAUACACUUUUCACAUGCUAUGUGUGCGAUCGAACCUUCCCCUCCUCUGAGGAACUGACACAACAUCAGUCGACCCACAACAAGGAGGACAAGCCCUUCAAAUGUACACAUUGCCAAGAAUGUUUCCGCACAUUCUCAGAGUUAACAACACAUCGGCGGCAAGUAUGUCCUGAACGUCAGUUUGUUUGCAAAGAAUGCAACGAGACAUUUCGAAGCCCUGGACUUUUGCGUAACCAUCGUUUGGCCCAGCACCCCGUGCCCAUGGACGGAGAGGAUGCAGAGGAUUCCACUAAGACCUACCGAUGUGGUAAAUGUGGUAGGGGAUUUGAAGAAGAGGCAGAGCUCCUGCAACAUCAGGAGAACCAUGCAGGCGACCGGCACUGCAACGGUAGUGCCGCCAUCAAACGUCGAGGGAGACCACCAAAAACGGAGGCCAGUGCAGCCGGUGAAAAGAAAGCAAAGCAAAAGAAGGAGGAAGAAGCAGAGGAGCCUGAGGAAACCAACUAUUCAGAAGAUGCUUCUGCAAAACCAGCCACAGCUGAAGGGAAGACAGGAGGAAGACGAGGACGCCCAGUCAAAUCUACCCAGGAGCCCAAGGCAGAAGAUGAUAAAGCAGAAAAAGAUGACAAGAAACCUGUUCCUCAGCCAGCUCUGCAGAUCCCUUGCACUGAAUGUGAUCUCACUUUCCCCAGCCUAGCGCAGCUUCGAGCACAUAAGAAAGAGAAGCACACGCAGCGCAAGCCUCACGCUUGUGGAGAAUGUGAGGAGAGUUUUAACCGACCUGAGCAGCUGGAGGCCCACAUGGCAAGGGCACACAGUGCCGGCCGGCACACUUGCCCCACAUGUGGAAAAAGCUUUGGCAGAGAAAGUAACCUGAAGGCUCAUCAGCAGAGUCAUGGAAAAGAAGAGAAGCCAGUCGGAAAGAGAUAAUUCAGUUUGGGAGAAUUUUUGGGUGUAUGUUAACCGAAGACUAAUUCAAUUUUAAAAAUGUUGUGUAUAGAAAUGUAGGUGGGGACAGGGUUCACUUUAGAUUUUAAGUUGUAACAUAGUAGGGGAUCCUUCAACUGUGUGACCCUUGAAAUCAACACUAUGUGAACAUGUUAUUUGAAAACUGGAAACCCAAAGGGUAGUGAGUUCAUGGUUAACGAAUGGUAACCAUAUUUGGCUGCCUCAUUGUAUCUUGACAUCUGUACAUAGCUUUGGCAUGGAAAAGAGUCAUACCUUGACUGAAUUCUCAUUUGUAGGGUAACCAUGUUGUAACUUAUACCAUCAAGAGAAACCCACAGAAAAGCCUUAUUAUAUUGUCUAAGGCUUCAUAUUGUUGUUUUCUUUAUUUUUUGGAAAAUUUUAAAGUCUUUUCUAUGAAUAUAAUGCGUUAUUGUUUUUACAUUCUUUUUAGAAGUGUGUACAAUGGUGAGUGGAAAGAUUUACUAAAUGAUGUUUUCUGCCAAGAUCUGACUAAAUUUGAUUUCAGAUGUUUCCCUUUUUUUUUUACUGGUAUGACUUGACAUUUGACUUGAACUUAAAUGUUACCCACAACUGAGUUCUCUGAGUGAAGUAAAUGUCUAAAUAAUUAAUUGAAAGUGUUUUAUUAUUAUUAUUUAUGGUGCACCCUUAGAGAAUUUCCAUGAUGGUGAAGUAUCGCUAUCACAGAUUAUAGUUUCUGCCUUUUUACC